AUGGCAUUUCCUUUGUUCAAGUAUUUGUCAAGAGCUGGUGUUGGUUUGAUAGCGGCAGGCAGUAUCAUGCCUCUUGUUCUCUACAAUGUUGAUGGUGGUCAUCGUGCAGUCAUUUUCGAUCGUUUCAAGGGUGUUAGAAGUGAUGUGAGGGGAGAGGGUACUCAUUUUAUCAUACCAUGGGUUCAGAAGCCGAUUGUUUUUGAUAUCCGAUCAAGACCAAGAAAUGUCCCUGUGGUGACCGGUUCGAAAGAUUUACAAACGGUUAACAUAACAUUGCGCAUAUUAUUCCGUCCUGAACCAUCUCUUUUACCCAAAAUUUACCAAAACCUUGGCUUCGAUUAUGAGGAACGUGUACUUCCAUCCAUUACCACUGAGGUUCUGAAAGCUGUUGUUGCAGAGUUUGAUGCAAGUGAAUUAAUAACUCAACGGGAAUUGGUCAGCCAGAGGGUAAAUGAAGACCUUACGGAACGAGCUUCAUCUUUCGGCAUAUUGUUGGAUGAUAUUGCUCUGACUCAAAUCUCUUUCGGCCGCGAAUUUUCUGAGGCGGUGGAAGCUAAACAGGUGGCUCAACAGGAAGCGGAGCGUGCACGAUAUUUGGUGGAAAAGGCUGAACAACAUAAACUAGCUGCUAUUAUAUCGGCGGAGGGGGAUUCAGAGGCUGCAACACUGCUUGCCAAAUCAUUUGGAUCAUCGGGUGAAGGUCUUAUCGAACUCAGACGUAUUGAAGCUGCUGAAGAUAUUGCAUAUCAGCUUUCAAAGAACCGAAACAUUACUUAUAUUCCUGAUGGCCAGCAUUCACUACUGAACAUUCCCAUGGCUCAGUAA